CGCGAGUACCCCGACGACGUUGGGCCAAAGAUGAUCGCGUGCAUCGAUGCCGUACCAAGCACAAUCCUCAGUCUCUCGGUGACGGGAUAUGUGAUAUGGGACCGUCCAUUGGACGUGUUCCCCGGGCUGCACGAGCUCUCUUUGCACAAGCCGCCAACCCUAGAGAAUUUCAGCGUCGUGCUGGAGCACUGCUCGCAGCUGCGGACGCUCGAUGUCGUGACCAGCGGCCUGCUCAGCGGGCCACAAGUGUGCACGGCAUUGAAGGCCGCACCGGACGCCCUCCCGCAUCUCACGUCGUUCAAGCUCCUCUACCUCGGUGACGCGUUCAUCAGCGACUUCGCACCGGUCUUCGCGUUCAUUCGGAGUAAAAAGGCGAUGCGGCGGCUCGACCUUAAAUUCGAUGUCGCGCCUGAGGACUUGGACGAAUACACGCGAUUCCUCGACAUCUUCGUCGACCUGCCGCAGCUCGAGGUCGUAGGACUCUUGCUGCUAGGCAGGAUUUUUACGCGCGAGCAUAUGAUGCUGCUCGACGAACGGCUUCCGCCUAGACUCUCCGCGCUCCUCUUGACAUGGAAAUUUCGUUCGCUGGACGACGAUGUACUCGAGCACGGCUGGAUCACCACGCUCAAGAAGCGCCCCUUGCUGGGGUAUUUUCACAUCUUCGAUCGCACGGGCAAUUUGGACCUGCGCGACAGGCUGCUCGAGGACCGCUUACCGGCUCUCCAGCUCGUCGGGUACGGCACGCGUUUGAACUGGAUCCAACGCGACUCUCCGACCGACGACGCCUUCUAUGGCCCCCCUUGGGACGACACGACAAUCGCCUUCCGGACCGCGGCGGACUUUGAGUACGAGGACUGGGAGUGGCUGCUGCGUGGACACAUCGACUGAAGCAGACUGCGUACGCGUUGUACUGUCAAGCUUAAGGGAUCCUCUGUUCUGCACAGUUGUUCGGAUGCGACCGGACGCUAGACGGAGCCGUUCCUCUCUUACUACUUAUUACUACUUCGAAUGUUGCUAGUGAGCUGGAUAAGUUCGCUCUGCACAGUGUGCAUUAAA